AAUGAGACACUGGCUAUAGUACAGUUAAUGCGAAGAUUUAGGCCUGGAUGAAAUUAUGGAUUUCGAAAGAAGACUAGAAAAGGCUAUUACUGGAUUACCUGAUACAGAGAAAUAGUUACCAACACUUCCAUUAAAUUGGGAACAAUAAAUACUCUCAAAAAAGAAAUGA